AUGGAUCUAAGUGAACUGUCAUCCAGAGUGGGGGCCCUCUCCCAGAAUAUGGAUCUCAUGUUGCAGGGCCUAAGGGAGAUAAAAACUGAAAACGAGCAAUUACGCAAGUUCAUCAAUAAACAGUUGGUAUCCAAGACUGCCUCUACUGACAUCCCUGAACCCCAGAUAUGCCCCCCUGAGAAAUUCUCAGGAGAAAGGUCUCGUUUCCGGGAUUUCCAAAACUCAUGUACACUCUAUUUUCAGCUCAAACCAAAAACAUACCCCAAUGACCGUUUAAGGGUACUGACAGUAAUAUCAUACCUCACAGGUGAGGCAAGAACAUGGGCCAACACCUUUUAUGAAACAAAUGACCCCGUCCUCAAUUCCUUGGAAUCUUUUUUUUCAGCAAUGUCUCUAUUGUAUCAGGAUCACGAUAAACAAUCCACAGCAGAGACCUCUAUUCGUGCUCUAUGA